UAUCUAGAGGUCCCCAGCAAAAGAUUUCUUGACUUGCAGUUCUCUGGAGCUAUGUUUGAGUGCAUACAACACGGCGAGAAAGUGUGAGAGAGGGAAAACGAGGACGAUGAGGAAGAUGAAGAAGAUCGGGUUGAUUCCGCUGCUUCUUUCCUUGAUGAUGUACACAGCUCUUUUUCAUGGUUGCAUGGCCAACGAGGACGUCCCAAUUCAAAUCAACGACGAUGUUUUAGGCCUCAUCGUCUUCAAGUCAGGCCUCCAUGACCCCUCUUCACGCCUGGACUCAUGGAACGAAGACGAUGACUCCCCGUGUUCCUGGGAAUUCGUACAGUGCAAUCCUAGCACAGGCAGGGUCUCAGAGGUGUCCGUUGAUGGUUUGGGGUUGUCAGGGAAGAUUGGAAGAGGGCUUGAGAAGUUGCAGAACUUGAAGGUACUGUCCUUGUCGUUUAACAAUUUUUCUGGUAGUAUAAGUCCAGAGUUGGCCCUCAUCACUGGCCUUGAAAGGCUUAAUCUUAGUCACAACAGCCUUUCAGGCCGCAUACCUUCUUCUCUAUCAAACAUGACUUCUAUAAGGUUUCUCGAUCUCUCCCAUAAUUCACUUGCAGGACCUAUCCCUGAUGAAAUGUUUGAAAACUAUUCAUCGCUAAGAUCCCUUUCUCUAUCAAUGAAUUUCCUGGAAGGGCCAAUUCCUAGUGCACUGCUUAGGUGCACAACUUUGAGUAACCUCAACCUCUCCAGCAACCAGUUUUCGGGUAACUUGGAUUUUUCUUCUGGGAUUUGGACAUUGAAUAGGCUCCGGACGUUGGAUCUUUCACACAAUGUAUUUUCUGGGUCUGUGUCGGAUGGGGUUGCGGCGAUACAUAACUUGAAAGAGCUGCAAUUACAGGGAAAUCGCUUCUCUGGACCCCUACCUGUUGACAUUGGACUGUGCCCCCACCUGAGGAGGUUGGAUUUCUGCCAUAAUUUAUUCACGGGAUCGCUUCCAGACUCGCUCCAGAGGCUGAACUCUCUGGUUUUUUUUGGUGUAUCAAACAACUUGUUAGCUGGGGACUUCCCUCAGUGGAUUGGUAGUAUGAGCAGUGUGGAGUACGUUGAUUUCUCGGGGAAUGGCUUCACGGGAAGCCUCCCAGCAUCAAUGGGUAACCUGAAAUCACUGCAGUUUCUGAGCUUAUCGGAUAACAGACUAACUGGAAGUAUUCCAGGGUCACUGUUUUACUGUCCCAAGCUAUCAGUGAUCCGGUUGAGAGGUAAUGGCUUCAGUGGAAGCAUACCUGAGGGCCUGUUUGAUCUAGGUCUGGAUGAAGUAGACUUGUCGGGGAACGAGCUAGAAGGCCCGAUCCCACCAGGUUCAAGCAGGCUCUUCGAAUCUCUUCACUCCUUGGACCUGUCGAGGAACAAGCUCACAGGAAGCAUCCCUGCAGAAAUCGGCCUUCUCUCAAGCUUAAGAUACCUGAAUUUAUCAUGGAACAGUCUCCGUUCCAGGAUGCCACCAGAACUGGGGUACUUUCAGAACCUGACUGUGCUAGAUCUUCGGAACACUUUUUUAUUCGGGUCGAUCCCGGGUGACAUAUGCGACUCAGGGAGUCUGGGCAUUCUACAGCUGGAUGGAAAUUCCUUGACUGGACCCAUCCCGGAUGAGUUUGGAAACUGUUCAUCUCUAUACUUGCUGAGCAUGUCCUAUAAUGAAUUAAAUGGUUCCAUUCCCAAGUCCUUUGCAAUGUUGAAGAAGCUGGAGAUUCUGAGGCUAGAGUUCAAUGAACUGAGCGGGGAGAUACCAAGGGAGCUUGGCAGUUUGGAGAAUCUUCUUGCUGUUAAUGUUUCUUACAACAGACUGAUUGGGAGGCUUCCAGUUGGGGGCAUAUUUCAAAGCUUGGAUCAAAGUGCAUUGCAGGGAAAUUUGGGAAUUUGUUCACCCUUGCUGAAGGGACCAUGUAAGCUGAAUGUAUCAAAGCCGUUGGUCCUUGACCCUUACGACUUUGGCAAGCCCGUUAAUGGUCAGAACCGAAGAAAUGAAUCUACUACAACUCCUAUGCGAUUCAGGCAUCACAUGUUCCUCAGUGUUUCAGCAAUUAUAGCCAUCACUGCUGCUGCCUUUAUUCUGAUCGGGGUGGUAGUUAUCAGUCUGCUAAAUGUAUCCGCCCGGAGGAGGCUUGCCUUCAUCGAUACUGCGUUGGAGAGCAUGUGCUCAAGCUCAUCGCGGUCUGGGAGUCCUCCGACAGGGAAGCUCAUUCUUUUCGAUUCAAGGGCAUCCCAGGAUUGGAUCGCCAAUCCUGAAAACCUUCUCAACAAAGCCGCUGAGAUCGGCGGUGGAGUUUUUGGAACUGUAUACAAGGUUUCUUUAGGAGGGGGGGCGAGAAUGGUAGCCAUAAAAAAGCUUGUAACUUCGAAUAUAAUCCAGUAUCCAGAAGACUUCGACAGGGAAGUUCGGAUCCUUGGGAAAGCUAGGCACCAGAACCUGAUAUCCCUGAAAGGAUACUACUGGACUCCUCAGCUGCAGCUCCUGGUUACAGAUUAUGCGCCUAAUGGGAGCUUACAGGCGAGACUCCAUGAAAGGCCUCCAACUACACCACCUCUUUCCUGGCCAAAUCGGUUCAGAAUAAUCCUAGGGACUGCGAAGGGGCUUGCCCACUUGCACCAUUCUUUCCGGCCACCCAUCAUCCACUACAAUCUGAAACCAAGCAACAUUUUACUUGAUGAGAACUGCAAUCCGAUGAUAUCGGAUUAUGGACUAGCAAGGCUAUUGACAAAGCUGGACAAGCAUGUAAUAAGCAGCAGGUUUCAGAGUGCAUUAGGGUAUGUGGCACCAGAACUAGCAUGCCAGAGCUUGAGGGUAAACGAGAAAUGUGAUAUCUAUGGCUUUGGAGUGAUGAUCCUUGAGAUAGUUACUGGUAGGAGGCCAGUGGAAUAUGGAGAAGACAAUGUGGUGAUACUGAACGAUCAUGUCCGGGUACUGCUUGAGCAAGGGAACGUGUUGGAGUGUGUGGACCCGAGCAUGAGCGAGUACCCAGAAGAGGAGGUGUUGCCAGUUCUAAAGUUGGCCCUGGUAUGCACUUCUCAGAUACCUUCAAGCAGGCCUACCAUGGCGGAAGUGGUGCAGAUACUUCAGGUCAUCAAGACCCCAAUUCCACAAAGGAUGGAAGCCUUCUAAAUUAAAAUCCAUGCAUUGUAACUUUGUUUUUGGCUUGAACAACAAAAAAUUCAUUUCAACAUCUGAUGAAACCAUUUCAUUUUUCUUCCUUUCUUUUCACUGAUGAGUGUACUACUUUGUUUUCAUAUCUAUAUGUAAGCAGUUAAUUUCCUGGUCUCUACUCAAUCACAUAGUUCUUUUUCUUUCUCUUUGAUUGCUA